AUGAGUGAAACCUCCUACUCCAAACUUGUGCAAUCAACAGCAUCGCUCACGAAUGAAAUUUUUAAUCUAUGUCGAAACGGUUUACUUGAGCAACUCGAAACUCUAUUAAACACAGUCAAAACAUCACUACCUCUCAAUGAACGAGUAACUUUUCGUCCUACUGACUUGCUCUUACUUUUCACUACACACUCAUUGACUUCACUUAUUAUUGCAUCACAGAAUGGACAUGCUAAUAUCAUUGAAUUUCUAUUGAAAAAUUAUCGAUCUCAAAUUGAUGUUGAGAAAGAAGGAACAAUCAAUUUUGAUAUUCUCUCUAGUGAAGAUUACAAUCUGACGGCAUUGUGGAUUGCAACAACUGGAAAUCAUUUUGAAUGUGUACGUCUGUUAGUUGAAUUGGGAAAUGCAAAUGUCAACUAUUGUACAACAAAUACAAAAGUUUCAGUUCUACAGGCAGCAACUCAAACUGGAAAUUUAGAAAUGAUAAAGUAUUUGAAAGAAAAGGGAGGAAGUUUAGAAGUACAGAAUAGUGAUGGAUUUACACCGUUAAUGGUUGCUUCACUUUGUGGUUACAAAGAAAUUGUUCAAUAUUUAUUGUCGAGUAACGAAGACUCUCUUGUAACAUUAAAUCUUCAAGAGAAAGAUGGAAGAAGUGCACUCCAUUUUGCAGUUAUUUCUGAUCAGUUAGAAAUAGUUAAACUUAUAAAUGAAUCGAAGUAUGUUGACAAACAGUUGAAAGAUAAAGAAGGAUUCACUGCACUAGUAACUGCUGCAGUCACUGGAAAUGACCUCAUUUUUGAUUACUUUAUCGAACAACAUAAUGCAGAUGGUAGAGCACUCGUUCAAAUUAUUGAAGAACUGGAGCUAGCUGGAAGUUCGUGUGGUGUAAUUGGUAAGAAUGAGGACCAGGAAGAGGCUGACGAUGAUGAUGACCGCAGUGACGACAGUGAUGGCAUGAUCUCUAACUCAGAAAAAGUGUAUCGUUGCUUUCUAUACGCAAUGAAAUUACGUUUUACAAGUGUAGCAGCCGAUGAAACAAUUGAAAAAGUCAAUCUUCGAUCAAUACCAAUCGACAUCUAUGAAAAUCGUCGGGAAUGUAAGACAGUCGAUGAAUUAGAAGCAAUAAUAGGUGAUAAAAAUGCACUGAGACUAGAGUGUCUCUUGGUUUUGGAACGACUCCUCGGCGAAUUAUCUAUAGAGCAUAUUGAUGCAUUGUACAAGCAAAGCAAUGUCUAUGCUGAACAGAAAAAGUUUCGACGUUGCCUUCAAAUGUGUAUGUAUGCCAGACGUCUAGAAGAACGUCGUAAAGAACCAUCCCAAUCUUAUUCACAGCGUUUACUCUACAUUGCUGUAAUCAUGUCUACAAUUGUACAAAGACCAGCGAAUACGAUGGAAGAACUUGAGUCAAAUGAUUAUUUGGAAUUGUUCAAUGCAGUCAUUGGUGAACUGAAAAAGAACCAAGCAGAUGAAGGAAGAGUACAAAUGGAACUCGAAACUUUUCAGGCUGCCAUGUCACUUAUUUGGAUAGCAACGAAGCUUCUGCCAUUCAAAUCAAAAGAUGAACAGGAAUCUAUCCUACAAAUUAUUCGUAAAUUGAAUCGUUAUAACUUUCAAUCAACAGUAGAUAAAUCAUCAUUUUUACAUUUUUCACUGUGUGGAGAAUCGUUUGUCGAUUUAUUCGAUGAAACAAUUCAACUUUUACUUCAAUGUGGUGCCUCACCGAAUCUGUUUGAUUUCAAUGGGAAUACACCGUUGCAUUAUCUUGCUGCAUUUUCCCCAGAUUCGGAAAAUUGUAAUUUAUAUAAGGUACGAACAAUUUUGGAUGAACUUGUUAAAGCGGGAGGACAUAUGGAUUAUAGAAAUACGGCUGGAAAAAUACCGGCAGAGUGUAGUUUGAACAAGAAUGUUCAAGAUCUCUUUCGUCGUCAACAACAGUUGUGUUUGAAAUGUUUGUGUGCUCGAGUGAUUAAAGGAAGAAAAGUAAGUUAUGAUGGUGUUGCUGUUAAUGGAGGAUCGACUCUGUCAAAAGAUUUAAAGAGAUUUAUUGAACUACAUUAG